GAGAGACUGGCUGCAAUGCGUUCGGAUUCAUUGGUUCCAGGGACACACACCCCACCUAUAAGGAGGAGAAGUAAGUUUGCCAAUCUAGGAAGAAUUUUCAAGCCAUGGAAAUGGAGGAAGAAGAAGAGCGAAAAGUUCAAGCACACAUCAGCAGCGCUUGAAAGAAAAAUAUCAAUGAGGCAAAGCAGAGAGGAACUUAUCAAGAGAGGAGUUCUGAAGGAAAUAUUUGAUAAAGAUGGAGAGCUUUCUAUACAGAACGAAGAGGGGUCAUUGGAGAAUGGACAGGCGUUGAGUUCCAGCCAACUAUCACUGCAAGCCCUAUCUGAAUUGGAGCCAUGUUCAAUAUCUGGAGAUUCCUGUAGUUAUGAAGUACUCCCGAAUCCAGACGUCAUGGAUGGAACAGUGUCUGAAGAGAGUCCCACGUCCAGUGAAUCUGGAAUCCACCUCCCUCAAGAACCUACAUCUAAACCCGUCUUGCUACUCCCCCCUAAAAAAUCUGCUGCUUUCUCUGGAGAUCACGAAGACACCCCAGUGAAGCAGCUUUCCCUGCUCAAACAACCCCCUGCCCUGCCUCCUAAGCCCAUUACCAAGAUUGCCAACCAUUUAGCUGAUCCUGGUGCUCCGAUGAAGCUGCCUUGUAUGCCAGUCAAGCUAUCACCUCCGCUACCUCCAAAGAAAGUCAUGAUCUGCAUGCCUUUAGGGGGAGCCGAUCUCUCCCUCACGUCCUAUUCCGCGCAGAAGAACUCCCAGCAACCAAUGACUUCGCACCAUCACACAGUCCUACCAUCACAGUUAGCAGCGCACCAGCAUCAGUACGGAAGCCACAGCCCACAUAUGCCUUCUGGAUCCAGCACGCUACCCAUGCACCCUUCAGGAUGCCGCAUGAUCGAGGAGUUGAAUAAAACACUGUCCAUGACCAUGCAGCGGCUAGAAAGCUCCAGUUUACAUGGCGGUGACAGCCUCUCAAAAACUGGAGGCCUUGCAGACAUGAGACAAGUGCCAACUGUUGUGAUUGAAUGUGAUGACAAUAAAGAAAAUGUGCCUCAUGAAUCUGAUUUUGGCGAUUCUUCAUGCCUCUACACAAGAGAAGAAGAGGAUGAGGAGGAAGAUGAAGAUGAUGACACCUCGUUAUAUUCAAGCUCGCUGGCAAUGAAAGUUUGCAGGAAAGAUUCUUUAGCGAUCAAGUUGAGCAACAGGCCAUCCAAGCGAGAGCUGGAGGAGAAGAACAUCCUCCCCGUGCAGACAGAUGAGGAGCGGCUGGAACUCAGGCAGCAGAUUGGCACCAAAUUGACAAGGCGGCUGAGCCAGAGACCGACUGCUGAAGAAUUAGAGCAGAGGAAUAUUCUCAAACCACGGAAUGAGCAAGAGGAACAGGAAGAAAAACGAGAGAUCAAGAGAAGAUUAACCCGUAAGCUAAGUCAAAGGCCUACAGUGGAAGAGUUGAGAGAGAGGAAAAUCCUCAUCCGUUUUAGUGAUUACGUAGAAGUGGCAGAUGCUCAGGACUACGACAGACGGGCAGAUAAACCAUGGACAAGGCUAACAGCUGCUGACAAAGCAGCAAUUCGCAAAGAGCUAAAUGAAUUUAAGAGCACUGAAAUGGAAGUUCAUGAGUUAAGCAGGCAUUUAACAAGGUUUCACAGGCCAUAGGAACGGAAUAUGCUGCCAUCUUGAGAGCAAAAUGGAAAAAGAACCAUAAGUGCUGAUGUCAUUCAUUUCUCUGUUACGUACAGUGGUAAAUCUUCUGAACUGAACUAAAAACCUAUGAAAACAUGCAGGAAAUGUGAGUUUUCUCAUCCUGGGAAUAACUUCCUCGUACAAUCUGUUGGCACAACAUUCGGCAACUGAGGCUAUCUUGGCAAGAAUCAUCCCUGGAGUUGGCACACUUAUAUUUUAAAUGCUGCUGUAUGGAGCCCCCAAGCCAUUUGUUCACAUUAGUGGUCUUUGUUUUUCGAUCCCGUCAGUCCUCUUUCAUCUCUGAAGGAAGCUGAGGCCCUUGGUAUUUGGCACUGACAGAAGUUCUGCUGGACACGAAGUCACUGUUCUGGAACAACGUUUCUACCAAACAUUUCAUUCUGUGUGGAGCACCUUAGAUGGGGUGAGCUGGGGAAAUGGAAUGGAUCCAUCUCUCUUUGACUUUCCAAACCCCACCACCCCGGGAAGAUCUUCGGCUGACUGGUGGGCUACUCUUCGAUUUCUACAGGACCAAGAAAGAUUCUCCACCCUCCAUUUCUCUUCUUCAAAUGAUUCUUUUGCUGCAAUGUUUUGGAAGAGUUCAAGAUUGGAGAACUUUGUCAUCGCACGCUUAUUUUCUACAGUGGAACGUGUCACACUGCCUUCUGCCCUGCUGGCUAUUUCAUGUUUCAUAUGGUCCUGUGUAGCAGUUCGAUAGCCUAGCGUGUCCUGGCGUGGCCUGUCAGCUUUACAUAGGUUUUUCCAAUUCACUAAUGUGCAGGACAGAAAAGGCACGAGUUAAAGAGAACACUAAUUAUGCUGUAUGCUUGGAUGUUGAUUUUUGUUUUCUUCUUUUAACAGGAGGGAUUUCUAUUCUUCAAAGUGCUUCUUGGUAUAAAUAACUAAAUAUGCUGUUGUGAAUGGCUCAGUCUUAAAUUGAGAAACAAAGCAUUUGGCAAAAGGCUAGAGAUGUGCUAUUGUUAUUAUUUAUCAUCAUAUUUUAUAGUUUAUUUUAUGAUAUUGGUCUUCUUUUAAUAAGAAUACCUUUGCACAUUGGAAAGGAUUAUGAAGCCACUGUAUCAAAACACUUUGGUGAUGUCUACUAAGAUCUACAUCUAGUUCAGAUUAAACAUCUCUGACUAUGCCUUUUAGGUUGAAACGUUGCCAUCUUGAACGUUUUGCCCAUCCAUGCAAAUCACUAUAGAUAUGGCAGCUUUAAUUCUCAGACCUUCGCUGGUGUAAGAUUAUAAUCUGAGAUCUAAAUGUGGUUGUACUUAGAGGAGACUGUUAUACUGAAUAGGUCUUAAAUAGACAAUAACUUAAGUACUGUUUCAGUGGGGUCUCCUCUAAAGUGAGGGCUACUUAAGUUCAGGUGAUUUCAGUGGGCUUCAUCUAUUUAGGAUUAAAUCAAAAGAGUGGUUGGAUUGAUCAAUUUUCUUUGAGAAAACAUGUAUAUGGAAGCACAUUUUAAUGGGUGACUGCAAUGAUUCAGGUUCUUCUCCAAACUAAAACCUGGGUCACCGUAGUGCCCAUUACAAUCCUCACUGAAUAUGUGAUUAAGCUAGACUAAGAAAAUCCAUUUUUUCUUACACAGAUUGGUUUUGUCUAGUUAUGUUACUCUGGGUAUAAGAAAAAAAAGGAGAUGAAAUAAUAGAGUACUUUGUUUUUAGAUAAAAGUACAUGUAUUGGUUUUUUUUAUUUAAAAAAUGCAAAAAAAUAAAUAAAGAGAUUACGACACCACCAGUGGUCAGCAGAUGAAGUAGGCUGGGUGAACCGCUAGGACUGUGGAGAUGGGAUGGUAGUGAAAAUGUUAAUUUAUUUGCCUGGUUUGCACAGAGCAAAUCUAUAGCAGAUAAACUGUUUUUUUUUACACCUUGAAAACACUCAUUUUAACAUAGCCAGUUUUCAUCUGUCAUAGUUUCAUAGCAUUAUGAAAUAAUGGAGACCUGCUUGCCCACCAUACCAGCUUUACAGUCCACCAAUCCUUGAGUGAAGCUCCUCCCCAUUGUUCAAAGACUUAUUCUUACCACCACCACGGAUUAUCUUUUUCUUUCUUUCUUCCUGAGAAGAAUUAAUGGGUUACAGAACUGAUCCUCUCUGCACAUCUGAAUUUCCAGAUGACUUUAAUUUCACUUUGCUGAUAAUCCAGGUAGUUCCUGUCUCUUUACCUAUGAGGAGUAAAAGACCAGGACCAUACAUGAAGGUUGGAUUGAACUGCUAAAAGCCCAUGCAUAAGAAUCUUCUCCACUAAUGGUCAGCACCAUUACGUUAGUUAGAUGAGGGUCAAUGGACUUAGUUCAUUUGAACUGUGUAGGGAUUCUAGGCUGAGCCCCCUUUUCACUCUGCCCCCAGGUACUGCCAUUCCUUCUCUUGAAUCAUCUUCCAUAAAAGUGAAAGCAUUUUUGUCCAUGUUAGAAGACCCAAGGAAUAGUAACUCGAUAUUUUUUUUAUGCAGGUGUAUGGGUGGAAUCAAGAAAUGGGGCAUAACUAAUUCAUACAAUGGAACUGUAUGGUGUAGCUUAUCAAAAUGGAGGGUUGUUUUGCUUUCUGCAUACAAAUCCUUUCAGGUUUUUGUGUGCAA